GUACAAUCAUUGAGAUGCGCCCCUCUUAUUGCUAUCAGGGUAGGAACUAAUAACUCGACAAGGAUGGGAUUCUUCGAUAUCCGACUAUUUCUUUAUCUAGCUCUGCUGUUGUUGACAGGAACUCAUGGAGAAGAGGACAAGAACCGGGAAGGAGAAGAUUUCAGUAACAGUACUGGAUACACAACAAGUGGAUAUUCUGGAACUACAACCUCAGACAGACUGGGCGUGAUCACGAGUCCUGGUUACCCUGGCAACUAUCCUAACAACUACCACUUCCGGUAUGAUAUAUAUCUAGGCAAAGAGAAAAGUGAUGUAGAAAUCAACUUUAAAAUCUUUGACUUGGAGUACUGCAGCAACUGUAAUUGUGACUAUAUUCAAAUUGAGAAUUACAAGCUAGCCAAACCAUUGAAGUAUUGCGGGGCUGCGCUUCCUAAUGGAAAUGGACAGGUAUUCUUGGACAAUUUGGACGACUAUGUGUGGAUAACUUUCCACUCAAAUUCUGACCAACGACGACCUGGGUUUUACGCGACCUAUGAGGUCACCCGGAAAGCAGGCAAUGACUCGUUCCUGGCCGGAGGGUCAGUCUGCCCUCCUUUAAUCUGUCCAUAUUGUAACGUGGGACAAACUCCGGAAUACGACUACACGAGUGUGUGUCCCUACUGUUACUGUAGAGGUUACCAGGAAAACACUUCUCCUAACUACCACCAAACUACCUUGUGUCCACCUGUCGUCUGCCCUGCAUGUCCCCAUGGCUUCCAUCAAUAUAUGGAUUACACCUAUCUGUGCACUCACUGCUACUGCGUUCACGAUCAAGGUGUUAAUACAACCGACAGUUCCAAUUAUGGGUACAAUUCAACCAGUUAUCGCCCUUGGCGACCACGCAGCACAACUGGAUAUUAUCCAUGGCGACCACAUAGCAACACGACCCAUUACUGGGGAACGACCGUUUCUACGUUUGACCAGGGAUGUGGGGUGGGAUACUUCUACAGUUCCACUGGAAUGAUCAAGUCUCCCGGGGCACCUAGACACUCGUAUCCUAACAACGCCAACUGCCAAUACAACAUCGACCUGGGCGGAGUCUUAGGCACUCGUAAAACGGUGGCUCUGAGCUUCAAUUUCUUCGAAUUGGAACACUGUAGCAAUUGUCAAUGUGAUGCUCUUAUAAUCAGCUCUGAUGAGACCAGUGGAGUGCGCAUGUGUGAUAACAAGGUCAACACUUCCCGGACAUAUUAUGUUCAUACAUCAAGCGACAUUUUGGAGCUGCGCUUUACAACGGAUGGCUCAGUUGUCAUGCCCGGAUUUUCCGUGAACUACGAGGUGCUGAGUUCAGAGGUCAAUGACACGUGUGGUAGUGAUCACUGCUCCGCCUGCAAUGGGCAAAUGACGUAUGACUAUUUCGGCUGCUGUUUUUGUUCAAGCGAAACAUAUAACAAUUCCACGUCAGGCUAUUACAUGACGUCACCAAGCUCUUUCUCUCCGAGCCUACUGCUUCAAGUGUUGACCAAUAUAGAACACGACGCACAAACCCUGGAACAGUACGCUCGAAACUUGGAGAACGAAGCCAAUUACGCCAAGAGCCUGGUCGCCCAGAAUUUCGGCUGAUGGACCGAUAAACUUGACAUCCUUCACGAUUGUUAUUCUGAUUAAUAUAUAGUGUAAAAUGAGUUAAUUAAAUGGUCUAAAUACUGGUUAAUUGUAGACGUUGACCUCUUUUUUCUAUGUAAAUGUAUUGUGAAUUGAUAAUGACAUUAAUGAUCCAUCUCAGCCAUUGUUUCACGAACAGAAGACAACAAUCAAACCGUUAUUGUCUAAAUACCAUGCUGUUUAUUGUGGCCACCCCUAAAUAUCAAUGAUAUACCAGAAUUGCAGGCGCUCAAUCAAAAACAGAUAGAUCAAUCGAAUAAUAUGAAAUGAUUCUGAAAAGUUUAUCACUGUAAAACUGUGCUUCAAGCAUAAUUAGAUGAACAUAUGUGAUACUUAUAAAUAAAACAUUGCAUAUUCAACUAUGUUUUCAAAGAUAAAUUUUAGUAGUUUCACAUGUGUAAAUUUUUAGAUGUUUAUAUUAAUGUGAUCAAUACUUCUGGUUCAAAUUAAUAACUAUUAAAUGCCUUGCAGUGUGAA